AUGGGAUGUUGUUGCUCGAGACGUUUUUUCGAAGAGGAAAAUGGAACAGUAAGAUACCAACUUAUCAAUGGUAGACGAUAUCAUAAUCUUUCGAGCUCCGUGUACUUUCUUGCAAAUGACGACGAAGAAGUUUAUCGUUUAAGUAGAUAUCAUAAUGCAAUAAAAGAUAUUUGGGUAGGAUUGUUUCAUUCACCUGUAGAGGAGAAGUUGAGACAAGGAGCUCGUGUUAUUGAUAUUGGAUGCGGAUCUGGAAUUUGGAUUUUGGAUGUGGCACGACAAUAUCCUAAUUCAAAUUUCGUAGGAAUAGAUAUAUCUCCAAUUCUUCCAACAGAAGGUCUUCCUUCAAAUGUAACGUUUAUUCAAUAUAAUGUGUUAGAUGGAUUGCCAUUUGAGGAUUCGUCUUUCGAUUUAGUUCACCAAAAAUUCAUGGUCUGUGCUUUUACAGAAGUACAAUGGGAAGAGAAAGUUAUCCCAGAAUUGAUAAGGUUAACUCGACCAGAUGGAUGGAUCGAGAUCUUAGAAGCUGAUGCUAUACUUAUAUCUGAUGGAACCGUUACAAGGAGGAUUGCAAAAGCUUUUCAUGAUUUUCUGGUAUCGAAGGGAAUAAACCCUUCAAUUGGAAAAGAAAUUCCGCGUAUUUUUGAAAAUUCAAAUAUGUUUUCGGAAAUUAAACAUCGACAAAAAACUAUAAAGCUUGGUAAAAGGCAUGGUGAAUCUGGGGAAGAGACUUUAAGGUUUUGUAUUAGUGGUCUCAGCUCUGCUAGAGGUACUUUAUCAACCUCGAUGAAUCUAAUGCCCGAGCAUUAUGAUGCACUUAUAGAGACAAUGAUUAUUGAGACAGAAAAAUGUUCUACUGAUUUUAUUCAACACCGAAUUUGUGCUCAUAAGAGGAUUUAA